UCGUAUGUAUCUAUGGCAAAGUCGUUCUAGUUCGUUAAGAAAAUAUAAAAAAAACUUGCCAACGUCAAAAUCGCGAUAUACCGAUGUUAAAGUCGACGCAGGGGGCCCCGAAACUUUUGACCCACUCCGAAAUAAGUAAACGCAUUACCUCCAAAUCGCGACAACAACAACCGUUUUCCGAACUCGCAGACGAGGAGGGUCGUUACAGAAACGUCGCCUCUUACGAUUCCAGAAAAAAACAAUUUCUCGCCGCUGCGAAGCGAUACAACAGAAUGAAUUGGGAAAUACUCGCGGCUUGUCGGCCGAGACUUGAUGACGAUUACGAAAGUCUUUUAGGGUUGAAUUUCCUCGACAGAUCGCGAGAGGACGCGAACGGACAGUUGUGUGAAUCUUCUUCCCCUUGCCCAGAAAGCGAACCAAACUUGACGGGUCAGCGUUUGAGAAGGAGAGUGCGUAGAGAAUUGCAGCAGGAAGAAACGAGCAUUUACACUGCAUGUUUAACGGAACCCUGGUUCAGAAGGCAAUUAAUUUUAAAUAAAUUUAUACAGGCCGGUCGCAUGGUAAUACUCAAAAAUCGAUUAAUCAAAAACCUGGAGAUAUUAAAGAAGUUGAAUAGAGACAAAUGGGACAUGGAACUGGUCGCUAAAUAA